UGAUACAACUUAUACCUCCUUAACUUUUCCUACAUCCUACCAAAUCAAAAUUAACAAAAAUAAUUAUAAUUAACAAAAAAACGAAAUCAAAAAGAGGAAAUUAAACAUACCACAUUUUAGUUGGCGAUCUUACGUCGUACCUCCCCUCCCCCCAAUGCAGCGACAAUCAUUGUGGUCAAUACAAGACCGAUCUCCAUGAUCUCAUCACCCAUAAAUUAUUCGAAUUUUAUACGGGAUAAAACAUCAAAACGCCUUUUUACUUCCUCCUCCAUCGAGCAAUUCGAAACGACAUGCUAUAAAAUAUGCGGGUGCCUAUACAUGAUCAGCAACGUGCAUGGCCCUUUUGGAGAAUGGGCUUCUUAUAAGGAAAAUUCGAUCAAGAAAAAAGGGAGUAGCAACAAAGUGUCUAAAUACCCUUGGUUCAUAGGUAUAACUAUCAAUUGCGCGAAGAAAAGCUUGAAAAAUCUUCCCGAAUUCACCAACGAUCCAUUUGAUUCCAGGAUUAUCGCGGCUAAAAAUUUGGACAAAAAUGGGGAUUUCGCGAAUAUAACAGUCGAGGAGGAAUAUAAACGAGCGGCCAUUAAAUUCUGGGAUCCCGAUUAUGUGGAAAAGGUGACACUCGCUAACAAUAGAUUGACUAACGAAAACGUAGAAAUAUCUGAUUGGCAAAAGCAUUUAUCCAUUUUCGCACGAUUGAAAUCAUUAGAUUUAUCGCAAAAUAAGUUGGGCAGUUUUGAAAAGUAUUCAAUAUUCCCUUAUAAAUUUCAUGAUACAAUUGAAGGGGUGGACCUUAGUUUAACGCCCUUUGCUCAUUUAAAAGAAUUGCGUACUUUAACCAUAAGCAAAAACAAACUCCAAAGAAUAACUCGAUUUUAUUUUAGCGGGUUGAAAAAGCUAGAAAUAUUAGAUCUAUCCCGCAACAAUAUCUCAACCGUAGACUCCAAAAGUUUCCGGGACCUGCAUAAUUUGAGGAAAUUGGACCUGAGCAACAACGCCAUCGAAAACGUCGACGGAUCCGUGUGGUUCCUCAACACGCCCCUUUUGUACGAAUUAUCUAUCGAUUACAAUCAUAUUUUUUACAUCGAUAAAUUCGCCUUUUCUCACGUUAAAAAUCUGAAAACAUUAUCCAUGGCAUACAACAAAAUAUUCAAGCUCAGAGACGAUGAAACGGGGCUAAAAAAUUUACGCGUCCUCAAUCUAACUGGAAAUCGAUUCGAAAAGGUGCCGAUAUACGCUUUGACAAAAAUGGGAAAAUUGAAAUACCUCUGGUUCGAUGAUAAUGCUUUCAAUAAAUUGAAAACAGGGGAUUUUCGUGAUCUUUUAUCACUGACGUUCUUAAGUAUCAGUUAUAAUGAGGUUUUGGAGAUGAUUGACUUCAAGACGUUCAAAAACCUACCUCGGCUAUUCGAACUAGAAAUUCACGAUAAUCCAAACUUAAUUUAUUUUGACGCGUUUGCGUGGGAGAACGAGGCCCCAAAUUUAACGAUUUUACGAUUGCAUAACAACAUGCUUAGCUAUUUAGACGAGCGAAUCGUUUCGCGAAAGGUGUAUCCGCUAAUAAAAGAAAUUUCUUUUUACGGAAACCCUAUAACAUGCGAUUGCCACAUGAUGUGGUUAUUCGUAAGGAAUUAUUUUAAGACAAACCAAUCUCAAAAAGUGUCAAAUGACAACAAGCAAUUUAACGAGGUGGUAAGCCGAAUCGAAGACGCGCAUAAAUCGAUAGAAUGCGAAGAUAGAUUGCGCCAACGAAUCCAACUCAAUUACGGCGUAUUAUUCGACGAAGUUGAUAAAAUGAUAUGCCGCAAGCCCGAAAAAUUAAAAGGACUAACACUAUGCUCCAUAUUGGCAUUCGAAAACGAAUCCCGAAUGAGAGAUAUAUAUGACAGGUGUCGCCCAAAAAUCAUUUAUCCGGAUCCCUUAAUGGAUGAUGAAAACGUUAUGUAUAAAAAUACAAAGAUCACCGUCAUGGAGGGGCAGUCGAUCCGAUUGAUGUGCAGAAGCAAGACCAAAAUAGACUCCAUAGAUCCUGAGAAGAUGAUUUUGUCAGUAUAUUGGAAAAUAUACGAGGGCAAAAAGGAUAAGACAUUAUCCAAAAAGUACGAUAAUGAAAAUUUUUCGCAUCAGCAAGCACUUGAUAAUAAGAAUGUAGUAAAUAAUAUGGGGCGUAAUAAUCAGAAUGUUAUAGCCUUACCUAACGGAGAUUUAUACUUAAAAAAUAUAAUGGUUUCCCAAGCGGGAUAUUACAUUUGCUCGACCAAAAAUAGUGGUCAAAUAUCAGAUUUAUUAAGUGUUGUUAAUGGAGAUAAUAUUAAUAUGCGGCAAACUACGGAACAAAAUUCCUUAAUCUACCAACUAUAUGUGACGCGAGUAAAAUUUGACUUAUCCUUAAAAGUAGUAUCCUCUAAAACGAUUAUUAUUUCGUGGAACGCCUCGAGGAUAAAUAAGGAGAACGAUCAUACCGAUUUUAUCUUUAAUAGUGAUAUUCAAGGGAGCCGUAACCCCUACUCGUACAACAUUUUUAACGAAAACGAGGACGAGCAAAGUUUUUGUUACGGAAUAAUUUAUGAGAAAUUCGAUAAGGAGCAUUAUCAUAAUAAAUCGGAAGCGCUAAAAAAUAUUUUCAAAAAUAAAAGUGUCGAAUCAUUUCUUCCGUUACACCCCUUAUCAGAUCAUUCGGAAUGGUUUCACCCUCCGAUCUCUUACGGGGCGAGCUUCAGCUCGUUCUAUGUUCCUCGACGGACGAUCAAGUACGAAGAUAAUUUAUUUACUGGUAUAAGUUCCAUCAAUAACUUGACAAGGAAUACACUUUACAUCAUAUGCGUAAUAAAUUGCUUGAUAAAAAUCAGGCAUUCGAAACCACUUGAUUGCAUAAUAGCCAAAACGGAAGAUAAACAUGUAAAUACGUAUGGGCGAGGAAACGGUAGCAACGUAAAUCUAAAAGUUGGCCACUCUUUAAUGAAUCUCGUUAUUCUAUUAUUCGCGGCGCUUUUGUGCAUAAUGAUCCUAUGUCUAGUCAGAAUAUCUUACACCAUUACAAGAUGGAAAAAAAGAUACCAAUAUAGGGCACCUGAUAUCAAACGCGAACGCGUUAGGCCUAAUUACAGUUUCGCCAACGUUAACUUCGACGAAGAACAAUCCCACGAGAACGAGGGAGCCCAAAAAGAAAAAUUUAUAUCAAAAGUCCCGAAUAGCGAAAAUUGUCGGAAACUUGACUUAAUCGAAAAUGAGGGCGAUAAAUUAUUCGAUAUUAAGCAUGGUGAUACUAUGAGUCGAUAUGAAGGGUUAGAGUUGAUCGUGCCCAAAUCAAAAUGUGUUUCCAUGGAUACAGGUAGCAAAAGAUAUUCGCGUAGACCUCUAAUUAAGCGAUGUCAUUUAAAUGUUUAUAAACCAUUGAUAACGUGAUAACUAUUAUCAUUCAAGUAUUUAACAAAUUG